AGACGGACCUGCUCCCUGUAGCAAAAUAUUAGCGCUAGCCGGAGAUAAAUUAUGUACGUUUGUGUUUUACCCGAACAGUGGACUAGAAAAUAGGAGGGAGAAAGAUCAGAUAGUUGGUUUUAGCUAAGAUUUUGCGUUAAUACAGCUCCUGUUUAUGUUUAAAAUUCUACACAGUGUCUAAAUGGGUACAUUUUACUGCGCCAUAUGUAGACAAACAACAUUCACCGGGAAGCGACACAUCUUCGGAAAAAAUCACCAAAGCAGACUCAGAGUGGUUCUUCUCAAGUUUGUAGAAAAGGUAAAGGAAGCUCGCCGAACACUAAAGAAACCCCAAGUAGAAAAAUUUGAUUGCACUCAGCACAAGCAGACAUUCUGGUGUUACUGCUGUGAGCUUGACAUUGAGAAUAAUGUUACAGACGGCAACAUGGCGGUGCUGCAUGGAGGCUUAUUAGAGCACAUGGCCACCCCAGAGCACAGGAAGAAUACACACAAGUUCUGGUGGGAAAAUAAGGCAGACCCAAAGUUAAGAGACAAAGUCAUCAUCACAGAGGAGGAAACCGAAAGGUUCAAAGCUGAAGUUGCAAAAGCAUUGGAAUCAUAUGUGGAGAAAGAAGAUGAAUACAUUAAACAGCAAGCUGAUUUACUCCGGGCCCAGGAAAAGCAUCGUCAAGAGGUCCUUCAGUCUCUUUUAGAGCGUGAUGCAGAGCCGGAGUCGUUCAAUGGACCCAAUGGCACCGACAUGUCUGCAGAGGAUCCUGUCAGCUCUCAGUUUAUGUCUCAAGGAUCAGUCCAGCAGGUGGGGAGCAGCUUCGUCGACUCCAUGGUUGAAGUGCCCCGUGCUGCAGCAGGACAAGGCCUGACUUUUAUAGGUUAUCAGGAUUCAUCGAACAGUGGAAAUGUUCAUACAGGUGCUGUCCCUCCUUGGCUCCAGGACGAUCCUCUGGAGGGAACCUCUGGAGGUGCCACACAUUCAGAAAUUGGCCCAUCACUCCAGGAGUUCCUCAAACAAAAGGAGCAAGAGAAGCUGAAGAAACUUCCUCCAAACCGAGUGGGAGCCAACUUUGAUCACAGCUCACAUACAGAUGCCAACUGGCUUCCCUCCUUUGGUCGAGUGUGGAACAGCGGUCGACGCUGGCAGUCCAGGCACCAGUUCAGACAAGAGGAGGGGAAGAAGAAGAGACAGAAGAGGAAGCGGGAUCAAGGCACAGAGGGCUCAAAGAAAACAAAAACGACCGAACAGCUGACAAAUUCUGACAACACUUAAUAACUUUGACUGUAAAUAGUUUGCAAGUUGUGAAUGAGUUUUUAUAAAUGUUUGUGAGGAACUGUACUUGGUUGGAAUGCUUAGGCUGAUGCUACACCCAUAAAAACUGCAUUCAGCCAUUUUAUAUCACAAUUGUGAAUGUUUGCAACAAAGGUUUUGAUUUUGUAUAAUAAGCAUUGUCUACUGGAUUUAUUGAGUUGGUUUUGACAGUUGAAUUUUAUCUUGAACAACAAGCACAUUACUGUCACGUUUAUUGUGAGCCACUCUACAGUGAGAUCUUUUAACCAACUCAAUGCUACCAAUUUAUUGGUCACUAAACUGCUUCACCUUUAAUCAACUGGAAAUCUGUGAUUUUAUUGAAGUCCUGGAUUCUAAGUUAGUUGGUCAAAUAUCUUCAGACAAAUGACUGUUCUAGCAAAUGAACACAUGGGGGCGCAAAGUACUCAAAUACAAAAGGCACCUGCUGUGUGUGCUGAAGCCAACGUGUCCUAACAACAUGGUAAAUUUGAAUGUAUUUGUCAUUCUUAAUCAUGCACCUCUUUUUUUACCCUAUUAGGCAAAAAGAAAAUUUUUUGUUUGUUUUCAAAUGUAUUCAGUAAUAUUUUGGAAUAGUAAUACUCUUAAUGAGAGCAGCAGUUCUCAGUGUUCCUCCAACAAUAAAUGUGUUUUAUUUAAAGGGAA